UGUAACUAACGUAACAUCCUUCAGUUGACCACAGCGCGUAACACCGGACACUCGCUGGCUAUGAAUUGAGUUAUUGAGUGUUAUUUUUUUUUGUUGUUCGUCAUGGAUAACCCAGCAUACCACCCUGAUCCGGAAAACGAGCAGAAUUUCAAUGGGAAAAGGAGUGAAGUGUUUUCGAUUUCUCACCGAAAUUUUUCUGUCAAACAAAGUGAAGCACAUUCCAAUAGCAGCGAUCUUUUAGUACCUGUAAAUUCUAGAGCCAGUUUAUUUAAGAAACCGAAAAUAUAUAGAACAACAACGAUUAUUUUAGCUGUGAUAUGUAUAUUUCUUCUUAUUGCUCUUAUAGCGUUAAUAAUUGUCUAUUGUGCAGGAAAAAUAUUGAAUCGCUAUUGCAUAACUGAUGAGUGCCUUAGAUCAGCAGCAAAUUUCAAGUAUUCCUUGGAUUUAACAGUGGAUCCUUGUGAAGAUUUCUACAAAUACAGUUGUGGCAAAUGGUCACAAGAGCAUCCAAACCAUGGAUGGUUUACCUCGUUUUCAUCUUUCUCAGCUGUAAGCGAAAGAAUAAUCUUAGCAUCCUACAACUUCCUCAUAUCUGAGGAUAAUUCUACUGAACCCGCUAUGCAGAGCAAAAUGCUAUACCGUUCUUGUAUAGAUCAAGAGACCACGGAUGAGCUUGGCUUCAACGUUGUUUAUAAAUACUUGGAAAAGGUUGGACUACCGAAAAUUCCAACUCUCUUCUCGGCAACUUUGUCAGACGAUGAAAAAAUGAACUACAAGACCGAUUGGUUAAAGAUGGAAGUGGCUAUAAAGAAGGUCUUUCGUAAGGAUGUAUAUUUUGGCUUUGCGGUGGACGUGAAUAACUACAACGUUUCAGAAAAUGUAAUGUACAUCGGCAGUCCUGGAAAUCAGUGUCCUCUGCCAAGUCCAUUUCGAAGUACAUUCGCAGAAGAUGAAUUCAAAGUCCUCGAACAAACCAAAGCAUCAGAUUUCCACAGGAAACAGUUGAAAGAUAAAAUAAGAGGAAAAAUAAUCAAAUACGUAAUAACUGAAAUAAUGAACAAUUCAACAUCAGAAAAACCUUCUGACGCCAUCUUGGAUCAAGCUAUCUUCGUAAUAAAUAACAUUACAAAUACAAUUAACGAGCUCGCAGAUAACUAUACAUCUUCAGCAUCUGAACCUUUCAACACUACUUUUGCAAACCUGCAACAGGAAAUCGACAAGUACACUUCUGAAAGUAUCAAUAAAAAUAUGUCAGAUUUUCUGAAAGUUUAUGUUGGGGAAAUAUUCCGAGACAUAGAGAAUGUGACCAUAGAUUUCGAUCAAGAUCCUUUGUAUUUAGUGGAAGAAGAAAAAUGGUAUCUUUUUCACACCAUGUCCUAUUUGUUGGACACUUCUGACAUAUACCUUGAGUUAUACCUUUGGUGGUCAGUCGUCUUCGAUAUGAUACUCAACACUACAACUGAUGUAAUAGAAAAUAUAUCGAAGGAAACCGAAAUAUUGUAUUCUUCUUCUAAUACCAAUUCGAGAUCCAGAUCAGUAGAAUGUGUGGAGCUGGUGAAUUCUUUUAUGGGCAUGGCUGUAACGUAUGGAAUUGCUGACAGAACGUUCAGUAAUCAGAGUGGUUUAAAGGUGAAAAAUAUGUUGGACGAUAUAAGAGAGGCAUUCCAGGAAAGUGUUGAGCAUCUCAGUUGGAUGGACGAACAGACCAAAAAAGCCACCCUUGAGAAGUCGAGAAGUAUGUAUAGUUUUAUUGGAUUUCCGAAUUGGCUAUUCGAAGAAGGAAAACUUGAAGAGUAUUAUAAGGAUUUGGAAAUCCAGGAAGGUAAUUUCCUUCAAAACAUGAUGAACAUAAUUCAGAGAGAAAUGCCAAAAAAUCUGGCCAAACUGAGAGAUUUCAAUGAAAAAGAAUUUUCGGUCAACCCUACUGAGGUUAACGCCUAUAAUUCUUUUGCCGAUAAUUCGAUAAUUGUACCUUUGGCAUUUCUUACGUAUCCGAUGUACCAUUUGGGUUUAGAAGUUCUCAAUUAUGGAUCUAUCGGGACUGUACUUGGCCAUGAAUUGACUCACGGUUUCGACAAUAAUGGAAGAAAACACGAUAAAUUCGGAAAUUACAAGCAAUGGUGGUCCAAUGAAACUAUAGAAACGUUCGAAGAGAAAACGCAAUGUUUUAUUGAUCAAUAUGAUAACAUUACCAUACCCGGGGUAGAUGGAUUAGUUUCUGGAAAAAGGACUCUUGGUGAAAACAUUGCUGAUAAUGGUGGAUUAAACCAUGCUUUCACAGCCUAUAAGAAUCAUAGAAGACGUUUUGGUUACGAAUCGAAACUACCAGGUUUUGAUAGUUUUACCCAUAACCAAUUAUUUUUUAUAGCAUUUGCUAGUAUUUGGUGUGAAACUGCAACAGUAUCUGAUUUAGAGACACAGCUCGAACAGGAUGUUCAUUGUCCAAAUUCAGUAAGAGUUAACAUGGCUGUGAGCAAUUCUAAAGACUUUGCACAGGCUUUUCACUGCCGCUCUGGUUCCAAAAUGAAUCCUGUUGAUAAAUGCAAGAUUUGGUGAGGAAUUGUGAGAAACAUUGAGAAAUAUUCGAGGACUACUCUCACCAAUAGUGCUUUUAUAAUGUGCGUUCAUUUAACUCAAAUAGCUGAAUUCAAUAAAGUGAACUCAUCGUAAAUUUUUUGAUGAAACAGAAAACUCCAGUGUGAUAAAUGUGUGAUUUGCUAAUUUAGGAUAAAUAAAAAUUUUUAAAAUA